GUCGGCGCCGCCUAUGUACACUCUCCAGUCGCUCCUUUGCUUCGAGGCUCAUCUCAGAGAGUAACUGCAUCGCUAUAUGUCUUCUCAUCAGGACCGCACUGCAGAUUUCAGAUAAGCGAGCCAAUUUUAGGCUUGCUGCCUCGUGGACGAGCACGAUUCGAUGGCCUGGACUUGCAUAGGCUUGCACCUGUGACGUUUUGCGGAAAUAUAUCGCCAUAUAUGCCAGUUAGUAUACCGUACUCAAUCUAUUAGUUCCGGGGCGAUGGGUGGGGAAAUUGUAGCGUUGGACCAGAUUUGCAGUUUAAACUUUGGAUGAAAAUUUUCAUGCUUUCCACAAUCAGGGUCGACAAACGUCACCACUAGUAAUACUAGUAGCGCUAUCGUUACGCAACCUGCCACAGAUUCAGGGAUGGAAUGUCGCGCACCAAGCGGGGUUGCAAACUUGGAGUUAGCAUGAUAAAUGCAGUUUUUCUGUCGUCUGGGAUGCCGCCCCCUUUUUGGUAUUUACCCCAUGGCACUGGUGAUUUCUUGGUCGACCUUCGUGACUCUGAGAGCCGUCUCGAACUCGCCUAUCGUAUUUGGUUGGGCAGGUUCUGGGUCGAGGAUGCUUGGGCAGGCGUCGCAUUUCUAUGCGGGGUAGCCGCGUUUACUUCUUGCUGGACUUACACUGAAGCAGUGGGUGAAGGAGGAAUUAUAUCAUUCUGGGUGUACUCGUUUACUUUCCCCUCCGUCGUGUGGGCUGUCCGGCAAAGCAUCUUAUUCUCCAUCGUUCGCAUUGUUUACGCAACGCAGCACCUCCGUCGCCUGAUGUUCUGUCUUGCUGGUCUCUUCCUCGGUUUGUGGGCAGGACUUGUCGCACAAAAAGCGUGGCAUUAUGGGUAUAACACCUCUUGGUAUCACACAACUGGAAAGGUGCAUAUCCUUAUGACGCAACCAAUGAUCGUGUUCGAACUGAUAACUGAUUGCUUAUCCGACGCAAUACUGAUUAUUCUGCCAUUGCGCUUACUCUGGAGUCUCAGACUGCCAAAAAGACAAAAAAGGAUGAUUCUCGCCAUAUUCUCCUCUAGCAUCAUCGUCACCAUUAUAUCCAUCUUCCGGGGAGUCUGUCAAAUAUCGAAAUAUAUCACUGUUCUUGCCCUGACGACAGACUUCGAGGUAGCCCUGUCGCUUCUUGUUUGCAACCUCCUCGUCGUAGUUACUCUCCUGUACCGCAUCAUUAGUUCCGCGGGUGCGGACGACUCGAUCUCUAUCGAUGACGAUGAUUACACGACACGAAUUACUACGGGUGGGGUUUUCACUACUGUCGACUUGGACAAUGCCGAGUCAGGAAGCGAUGAGCAGAGAAGUUCGAGGAUUCAAUCUGCAUUGCAAGGCGAGAAGACUGUCAAUACUGUGUAACUAAUGUUGAAUUUAGUCUAUCUUAUUGUCGAUACCCGAAAACUCAUACGAUGACCCGUGAUUAAAGCAUAUCACUGUUUUCCCGUG